AUGGGACGAACUGGAGAGCCGGAGGAGGCGGCAGGGUUGGUUGCAUUCCUCUGCCUUCUGGCAGCCUCUUAUAUUACCGGCCAGACUGUUGCCGUUGAUGGGGGAGCCACUGUCCAUUGCUUCUCUCCCCCUGGAAGUGGAAGGUCAUGA